AUGACUCGAUCUUUCCUGAAGACAGCAGCAGUCUGUCUGGCUGUUGCGAAUCUGUCUAAUGCUGCCGCCGUAGACAAGUGCAACGCCGACAAUUGCCUCCGAGCAGUCAGAGCAUCGUCUCACGCUCCGUUCCCGUCAUCUGCUACAGCGGACUGUAUUUCCUUCCUGCGAAAAACUGUGACACCAUGUGUCGUGUCUUCUUACAUCACGCAGACCGUGACUGUCACAGCAACUCCAGUGACAAUCACCCAGACGAACACGGCGCAGCUGACCGUUCCAACAACAGAGGUGGUUUCUGUGACAUCCGUGGCCACAAGUCUAGACUUGACCGCCACCUCAUUUACCUCUUCUGAGGUCGACGUCACGCAAACUAGCUACACCACCGUCGUCACAAGUAUCUUGCCAGCCAAAAGAGAUGCAGGAUACAAGGCCCCUCUCGAUGCUCCAGUCUUCACAAAUGCCAAGUUACAAGGUCGUGCUGUUUCCACUACCGCCAACACCUGUGCUGCAACCACAACUUCAGCGUCCAGUGUACCAACAUACGCCUCUGCCUGCUCUGGAACCGUUCGCUACUCAUCUGCAUGCCAGUGCGCCGGUCUCACCGCGGCGACCACUACUCUUACUGCCUCGACGACCAUCAUCACAGACACGAUCACCGUCACCGUGACGCCAACCGCGACAGCCCAGGCCACCCAAACGCAGACCAUUUCGGAAACCACAACGUCCACCGACAUUAUUCCCACGACCAUCUCAACCACCGUGACCACUGUCGUCGUCACAGAGCCCUACACGGUGACGACCUCGGUUGUAAUUCCCACCACCAUCGGCCAAAACUACUGCCGCAGCUACCUGCUUGUCGCCACAGCUGGUCACCAAAUCGGCCAAUAUGUGACAGCGUCAAUUCCUUCCCAGGCAAUUUCCUACGGAAAUCCCGAGCUCACGUCAGACGUCAGCCAGGCCAUGUCCUACGUCCUCGGUUCCGACGGCAGGCUGUACGGCAACAACAUCUAUCAGGUCGAGACGACGUCAAACCCAGCAUACAAUUACUUGCAACAGAUGAACACGGCGUCCUCGGCAUAUUACGAGGCAAAUUAUGGAUAUUCGCCGUUACACUGCAGCGUCGCGAUUGCCGGUGUGAAUGUCGUCGGCAGCUCGGCUGGCGCUUUGUCUUGCACGCUGCAGGGCUCGGCUAUCUUCUUCCAGACGUGCACUAAUGUCAAUUAUCCGAAUCUUUUAAUUAGCGGGCCUAGUGUUAAUUAUGCCUAUGGUUGUGCAGAUCCAUUACUUGCAGCAAUAUUUAAUGGCUUUACAAGAUGUUAA